AUGGAUCGCGUACCAGCGGGAAACGAUGGGAAGGUUCAAGAUGUGAGGGAAGAUGAGGGCGAGUUGGAGAAGUGCUUCACAGACACUCAGACCGCUGCUAUUGAUUUUGACCCCAAAGUUGCCAAGAAGCUGAAGCUCAAAGCAGACCUGAUUCUAUUGCCCCUUCUUACUGUCGCGUAUCUUCUCAAUUCCCUAGACCGAAGCAAUGUAUCCAAUGCACACACCGCAGGAUUGGAGGACGACCUACACCUCCAGGGGAACCAAUUCAACCAAAUCUUGACUUACUACCAAAUUCCAUUCAUUGUUCUCGGCCCGGCUGUGACAAUGCUCACCAGAUUGCUGGGUGCUCGAUGGACUAUACCCACCAUGCUGCUUGUGUUUGGAUCUGCUUCGCUCGCCAGCGGAUUCGCAAGGAACUUUAGAGACCUGGUCAUUUGCCGAGUCUUUGUCGGAGCUUUUGAAUCUGGAUUUCUAGCCUCUGUGAUAUAUUACCUCUCAAUCUGGUAUACCCGCAAAGAACUAGCCACCAGAAUCGGCAUCUUCUACGCAGCAUUGGUCGCUUCCUCUGCCUUUGGCGGCCUCUUAGCAUACGGCAUGUUUCACAUCACCGGCGGUCCAUAUCCGCACUGGGCGUAUCUUUUCUUCCUAGAAGGCGGCCUAACCAUGCUUUGGGCUACGUUACUCUACAUUGCUCUUCCCUCCGGAACAGAUCAAGCUUGGUUCCUGAACGACCAGGAGAAAGAAGUGGCAAGAUUGCGUCUUAUCCAGGACUCUGUGGCUAACCUCCAAACACCGUUUAAAUGGAAAGAAGCCUUUGGGGAGUUUUACACCCCACACGGAUACAUUCGUAUCUUUGUGGCGUUUGUGUCUGGCAUUGUGCUUACAUCGAAUGCAAACUUCUUGGCCAUGGUGGUCAAGAGAUUGAACUAUAGCGUCGUCAAAACAAAUUUGUACACUGUUGCUCCGGCCCUUACAGGUGCAGUUUGCCUGGUGGCAUGGUGCAAGAGCUCAGAUUACUUCCGAGAGCGUGGCUUUCACAUCACGACAUCUACGGUGAUUAGUCUGAUUGGGUACAUCCUCUUGGGAACUGUUGCCACGACCAACACUUCAGUUCUUUACUUUGCCAUGUUUCUAUGUACCAUUGGUGCAUACCCUACCGAUAUUAUAGGUUCAACAUGGACGGUAACAAAUAUUCCCAACUUGAACGCACGCGCCAUGAUGAGCGGUCUCUACACUUCCAUCGGCAACUGUGGCGGUUUAGUGUCCAGCAACAUUUACCAGCAAAAGGAGGCGCCGCGAUACAUCACCAGCAUCAGGACCAAUAUCUCGAUGAGCGCAGUGGUUAUCGCGACUACGUUGGGGUACUCCCUGUGGAUGAGGUGGGAAAACAGACGCCGUGAUAAACGAGCCGAUGCGGACCGAACGGGCUAUUACUCUACUGAAGGUGUUUCCAACACGAAGGACCCGAGGUUCCGAUUCCAGCCUUAA